AAACUGUCAGUUGAUUGUCAUUUGACGUUCCGAAUGAAAUCAUAAAAAAAACAACGCACCAAUUACAACGCGAUUUAUCCCGUAUAAGUGUACACAAAAUACGCGAAAAUGGCAAAACAACCAAUUUUAAAGGAAUUGGAAUAUUUUGUGAACGGUGCAACAACGGCAACAUCAAUCAGCCCAUCUGGUUUAUCGCAUUUAGUACAUUGUGGCUUGAAUUUACUGCACAAUUUACCCGCGUCAAAAGAUGCCGUCUUCGAAUACUUUACGAUAUUUUUCGAUGCAUCGGUUGCCGGUUAUGUGAAAUUGAUCGAGCAAAAGGAUUCAAAUCUCGUUGCUUCAUAUGACAGUACAGUUGCUGAAGUUCAGGAUGUAUUGGAAACACUAAUAAAUCAAGGGCAACAUGCAUGGGUACCGUAUAUUUCGACAUGGAGCAUUAAAACACUUGGCGUUUUGUCAAAGAAAUACAAACGAUCCGAUAACAGAGACAUUGCGUCAACGUGUAACCUUUGGUUGGCAUCGAGUGCCAUGAGAUGCCUACUGGCCGUAACCGUUUCCUGUUUCGAGAAAGUCAAUCCAAGUGAAGAAGAAAGUUUUAUUGAAUUUUUACUUGGCGCCUACAUGCAGAAUCCAUCCAGCUUUGACUGGGUCGUCGCUCGGCUCGGUAGCUGCUUCCCACAGAAAAUCAUUAACAGAGUUCUAAACUGUGGACUGAAGUUACAAACAGAUGGAUUUGGGCUUGACACUGAAAUCGGUAUUUUAUCAUACUUGGCAUUCGUCCAAGAUGUGCAACUAAAAGUCGUACUCAACGAAAUGGUGAAGAAUACCCUGUACGAAAAGCCUCAAAACAAUCAGUUGGUGAAUACAAUUCCAUACUUUUUCACAUUGGCCGGAAAAUCGGAUGUGAUUCUACAGCAAAUGGUCUCUGUCUUCCUUGAAAUUUACGAUGAUAAGUUCGUUCCAGCGUUGAGCGAGCAAAUCAAACUAUGGCCAUCGAAUUUUAAUGUAACAGACAUAAUGCCAUCGUUGACUGCUCUGUUGCUGCGCAUUCGAAAGGGUGCCACAAAAGUGUUGCUAACUAUUGCCGAAAUAGCCGAACAAAGUACAUGGUGUCAAAAUCUGCUUGAGUCCGUGUUGCAAGAGAUAUUUACAUUAGUUAAUGAUAACCGUGUGUGCCCCAUACUGUCCGAUGUUCUUGAACAAAAUUCACAAGAUCUCUUGAUCUCGACGAGUGUAUCAAAAUCACUGAUCAAACGACAAACCGCAAUCCGAUUGAUACUGUUGGCAUCUGGUCAAUCGACGCACAUUUACCAUCAUUCGGUGACGGAGCUGCUGUCCUAUGCCAACCAUUCCGAAAACACAAAUCCCAUCGAAGCACUCAUUCGCCUUAUAUCCGGCGCGAAUUUCACAAACGAAAAUGUUGGCCUUAAGCCUGGUGUAACCAUAGCACUCGAACGGUUAUUAAUUGACGAAUUCAAAAUGGAGGACGAAAGUAUCGACCGUAAUCUGAAUGUGUUACAAAAUUUAUUAUUCCUUGUGCGUCUGGAAAAACACGGUAGUUCGGUUCACUUUAAAGAAUCUCCGCUGACAAAAACGUUAACGCAUUGUGAUGCCACGCUGAUGGAAAUCGCCAAACGGUACUUAACAAAGGCAAUGGAGUACGUAUCAUUCAUAAAUGCAUCACAGCUGCUGUCGUGUGAAACGGCUGACGAACCAGUGACGAAAAAGAUAAAAACCGUUGAGUCGCGACUGAAUCGAAAAGAAAGAUGCUACAAAUACACACUGACUUACAAGCAACACAUCCAUGCGGUGAUGAGCCUAUUUGAUAUUCUGGAAAUUGGAAAGAAAGACCAGCCAUUGGCCGUGGAUAAAUCCAUCAAAUGGGCCGAAUUAAUUGUUAAGUACUUCUUCUGGAGCCUCACUGAAACUGAUAUGGAGUGUCGUCAAAUUGCCAUUGAACGAGUUUAUUCAUUGCUGACACGUCAGUGUACGGGUCGCAGAUAUUCGAGAGUAACGGCGCUGCGUGAACUUUUAGAGGGUGCCUUAUAUUCAUAUGGUAAUUUAUUUGGCGUUCAUCUUGAUAUUGACUUCGAUAAGAGUGUGCAGAACAAACGUCGCGACGACCGUUUGCUGCUCAAAAUGAACCAAACACAAAACAACACACUCAACAAUAUUCGGUCGUCGUUGCAUGCCGGCAUCAUUGGACAAGGUUUGAAAUUUCCCACAAAAGAAGCAUCACCACCGGACGCCGACAUACGAAAUAUGCUACUCAGGGCCAUUAUCGCUUGCUGCAAACAAGAAGAUAUCGCAAAGAGUAUCAAUGGAUUUACAUCAAUUUCAUUGUUGCUCGUGGAAAUGAUUUCGCUCGAUGUAAUGUACAACGGUUUACCGUGGCCAGAUGAGGAAUUUUCAAAAAUCACAAUGGAACGCGACCUACAUAUUCGGCGAACAUUUAAAAAUGCGCCCGUUUUAUGGUCAAUAUUGGCACUGAUAUCAAAUCAUCGGCCAUCGUUGUGUUUUGCGUCAGUGCUUCUCAGGGCGAUUUGUGCCACGCUAUUGCAUCAAUGGCGGGCCAAAUCAGUUUUACACAAUCAGACCGUUGAGAAUAACUAUGAAAUGUUCAAAGUUACGAAAAAUAUGCUCGAAAUUAUGGCAAUGGGACAACUAUUAUCCGGUCCGCUGGCAUAUCUUCAUGUUGUUAUUGAACAUUUUGAGCCGUUCGAAAUUGUCGUUGUGCUGAAGGAAUGCGUGUGGAACUAUAUGAAAGAAAACAUUCCAUCGCCGAUGCCGUACAAAGUAGCGCCAAAUGGUUUACAUUGGAAAGAUCCAAGCACAUCAACAAUUUUCCCACAAUUCAUAGAUCCACUGCGAAAUAUCAUGCAACGGAAAUUAUCCAAACUUGGAAUGCUUUAUUAUUAUAUGUUUGUUGCGCCCGAAGAAUCAUCGACCUAAGCAAGCCAUUUAUUUUAUGUAAAUUGGCGCUUCAAUUGCAUAAUAACAACAAAUUAGUGUAUUUUAUUAGAUGUAUUUUUUUUUUAUUUUUUAAGUGUGUAAAACAAAAAUAAUUAAAAAAAUAUAUUUCAAUAAAUUUCAAUUUAUAUAAAUCUUUAAAA